CAUGGCGGCCUCCAUGCGGUUUAUCUGCAGGAAGGCGCCACCGAUGUUUACUCUCCUAUUGGAGCCUCGGUUAUUGACACGUUUCCAAAUUGCAAAACAAGAAUAUCUCCCCCUCGAUUUAUGUACUCGUCAAAAACUUACCAGGAAUUUGUCUACUAUGCAGUCAAUGAGAAUUCCUGCCCAAAAAGUGUACAGACCUCAUUCCAAAGAUUCCAGUGAUGAAUUCCCGGUCAACAUGUACAAGUUGAAAAAAAACUUAGAGCUUCGUCGAUACAUACCUAUAGUACCCUUCAUCAGAACUUGUGGAAUCGUGGAAGUCCGAGGUGAGCCCAUCUCCAAUAGUGAUGGAAGUGAACUCCUAAGCAUGACUGGAGAAGUGUUAAAUGUCCGUAAGUCUCGGCGUCGAAGAGUUACCAAGGUAACCUGGGAUCUCCUGAAAUCAUGUGAAGGGUACAUAAUGGACCUGUCUAACUAUACAAAAUACCUGAUGGUCUGUAAGGAAAAUGAAUUGAGCAUUGAUGUCACAACUUUACAAGAAGAAAUGAGACGGGCAGGAAUUUGUCCUGACCAGGAAUUCUACGAAGAACUAGUUGGAUAUUAUAGUGCACAUGGCCAGUUGGACCGAGUCAGGAGGCUGCUGGAUAAGAUGAGGUCUGACAAUUUUUCUGUAACUGCCAAAACCUUCAGCAAUUAUAUUUGGGCUGCUUUUAAUGCAGGUCAUGAAGAGGAGAUGGCUUCCAUUUUUAAAUCCAUGGGCUCGUGUGGUACUGCACCAGACUUGAACUGCUACAUGACUUUGAUGAAGUGUUAUGCUGUUAAAGGAGAUCUCCCUAAGAUCACAGAAUUAAUCAAGCGGGCAGAGGUGGAGGCAGGAAUGAGGCAGAUUCACCAAAUCCAGUUACUCUUACCCCUGCUGCAGAAUGACCAUAGGUCCCAAGCAGACCAGGUGUUUGAUGGCCUUUGUAUAGAGAAUGAUGUGACAAAAACAGACAUGGGGGAGAUAGAAUACUAUGGCAACCAGCUUGUUGUUAAUCUAUUUAUUAAUGAUGGAUUCAAUGUGUUCAACUUAUCAGGGAAUACAGCUGUGUUCUUUAUACGUUCCUACGCUAGAGGACCUGGUGUAGACUCAAAAAUCUAUGUUCAGGGUGCCAGGAAAGUCAGUAGAUUAGCUGCCAAGCUGACUGUUCAGAUGUUGAAUAAUAAUAAAGUCAGUUUGGAUAGAAUGAUGCUUGAAGCUACAGCCAUUAGUAAAGAAUAUAUGACCUGCAUUGUUUUGGAAUUAAAGGGACAGUGCAUAUUGGAAUCUUAUCAAGAAUUUUGUUCGAUGAUCGAAAAUGGACCAUGCUCUUCAUAUCUCAAUAAUCAAUCAAAAAAGAUAUUGCAGGAAAUUGCAAAGGCUUCGUUUGAUGGAGAAAAACAACCUGUUAGUUCAUCAGAAAUAACAAUUACAGACCACACAUCCAAAUCAUAUCCGAUGAAUGCUUUAAACCCUGAAGUAUUAGAAGCUUUGGACAAUAAGAAUGACGAUAAAGCUUUACAGGAAUUUAACAAAAUGAAGAGACAAAAGGACAAUGUGGGUUUAUCAAUAGCAGCUAACAUGUUGAGAGUCAAGUAUAUGGAACGACAAAAGUUUGAUAAAGCUCUAUACUACCAGAAUGAAAUGAUAAGGGCCAAUCCAUCAUUCCGCUAUAUUUUCUUCAGGGUAGCCUACCUAGCAAUGAAGAUGUUGAACAGUGGUGAACACGAGGGUAUUGUACAGAGUGUCAAUGAUUAUCUAGACAUUGCAAUGGAAAUGGGAUCCAAAAUGGCAGAGAUACAACAUAAGGAUCUGCAGUCCUUAAUGAAGAUUCUUACAGCCUUCCUCGAACCUGUGGAAGUACUUCAAAUCUUACAGCGACUUAGGUCACAUGAUAAGUUCCUGGUAUUAGAAAGCAAAGCUUUUCUCAGGCAAUACCUGAACAGAGAUGCGAAACUAGCAGUGCAGGCAUUAGCUGAAUUGACAAAGCUUUCACAGCGGGUGGACAUAGAGUUUUUAAAAGUGAUGCUUAAAGUUGCCAGGGACAACGAUCGGGACCUAAUUACAGAAGCCUACAGGAUAGUUGAAGGAAGAGAAGGGGAACCAUCGGCUAAUGUAUUACAGGUGUGUGCUUACCUCAUGAAUGACCAAGUACAAGAAGCAAGACAAUUAUCCCAGACAACAGUGUUCUCUGGAUCUAUACGAUAUGCACAUGUGAAAGCUUGUCUUCUCCACCUUCAAAAUAAGCCAGACAUGCUGAAUGCAUUUGUAGAAUUGAAAGACUCAGAAAUGCUCCGUCGGAUUUUAGGUGAAGUGUUAAACAGAGCAGAUGUUGCUGGAUCCAGCUUUGCUCAGAAGAUAAAGAAGAACAUCACACAAUACAUGAAUGAAAAUCCUGAUUCUGCGUUAACUGUGAUGUGUUCAGAUAUGAUGGCAGCUGACCAGAUGGAACUGGAAAAGUUGAGGUUCAAAAUGAUGAAGAAAAGUGAAGAAUCCAAUCGGUGACACCAAUACAUUACUGAAAUACUUUUAAAUUGAAAAGUCUUAUUCUUACUGAUUUGUGUUUAUACAAACUGGUGAAUGUGAUGCAAUUCUUCCUCUGGAAAUUUUCAUUUUUUUUGUGCCAAAGAUUUACAGAUGUUAAUGAUGUAUCGUACACUAGUUUUCAGCAGCAAGGGGCUAUGGAUGUGCAUGUACCUCUGGGUGAGGGCUUAAUUUAACAUGUACAUGGUCAAGGACUGGUGACCUGCCUGUUUUAGUCAGAUAUUGAAAAUUAUAACUAGUGUACUAAAGGAACACUUCUGAUCCUGGACCUGUAACUUACUACUGAUAGAAUGUUAUUGAUGUUAAUGUUUUGGUGAUUAGUGGUGAUAUGGACUGUCUAAAGUAAGUAUAACAGAUUGUGUGGUGCAUGUAAAUGUAUGUAUGGUAGGGUGGAUUCUGAUAAAAGGUAUGGCAGGUUGAAUGCUUUUUUAUGUAAAAUGUGAAUGACAAAAAAGUAUGCAAUACUUCUAUAUCUUGUGCCAAUAAAUAAACUAUAUAUCAAA